AGCAGCGAUUCCGCCUCCUCCUCCUCCUGCGGCCUCAGCAGGAGCGAGAGCGAGAGCGAGAGCCAGCCAGCCAGCGAGCGGGAAGCAGCGGCCCCGGGCUGGCGGGAGAGGACGUGCGGGCCCCGCAGCCAUAUUGAGGACCCCUGGGCUCCUGCUCCCCCCAGACCCUCGGCUCUUGGGCUCUGGCCUCUGCUCCCAGGCCCCGCCAUCCAGCCGGCUGGCCCGGGGCUGCCUGGUGCCUCCGCUUCCUUCCUCGCCAUCUGGACGCGGCCAGAGGGAAAGUUUUGAAAAAUGCCGAUUGCCCAGCUGCUGGAGCUAUGGAAGAAGAUAGAGGUGGAGCCCAUGGACAUAGAGACCACCGAGGAAGACCAGCCCCUGGACUCGGCGCCCCCCGCGGAGGAGACGGCGCACGAGGAGGAAGGCGUCGUCAAGGAGAUCGACAUCAGCCACCACGUGAAGGAAGGGUUCGAAAAGGCCGACCCCUCCCAGUUUGAGCUGCUGAAGGUGCUGGGGCAGGGGUCCUACGGGAAGGUGUUCCUGGUGCGGAAGGUCGCGGGCCCGGACGCGGGGCAGCUGUACGCCAUGAAGGUUCUGAAGAAGGCGACCUUGAAAGUCCGAGACCGCGUCAGGUCCAAGAUGGAGAGGGACAUCCUGGCGGAAGUGAACCACCCCUUCAUCGUGAAGCUCCACUACGCCUUUCAGACGGAGGGGAAGCUCUACCUGAUCCUGGACUUCCUGCGGGGAGGGGACCUCUUCACCCGGCUCUCCAAGGAGGUGAUGUUCACGGAGGAGGACGUCAAGUUCUACCUGGCUGAGCUGGCCUUGGCCUUGGACCACCUGCACAGCCUGGGCAUCAUCUACAGGGACCUGAAGCCGGAGAACAUCCUCCUGGACGAAGAGGGACACGUGAAGAUCACAGAUUUCGGGCUCAGCAAGGAGGCCGUGGACCAUGACAAGCGAGCCUACUCCUUCUGCGGGACGAUCGAGUACAUGGCGCCCGAGGUGGUGAACCGGCGGGGGCACACGCAGAGCGCCGACUGGUGGUCCUUCGGCGUGCUCAUGUUCGAGAUGCUCACGGGGUCCCUGCCGUUCCAGGGGAAGGACCGGAAGGAGACCAUGGCCCUCAUCCUCAAGGCCAAGCUGGGCAUGCCCCAGUUCCUCAGCGCGGAGGCGCAGAGCCUGCUGCGCGCCCUCUUCAAGCGCAACCCGUGCAACCGGCUGGGUGCCGGCAGCGACGGCGUGGAGGAGAUCAAGCGUCACCCUUUCUUUGUGACCAUAGACUGGAAUAAGCUGUACCGGAAGGAGAUCAAGCCGCCCUUCAAGCCCGCGGUGGGCAGGCCCGAGGACACCUUCCACUUCGACCCCGAGUUCACCACCCGGACGCCCACAGACUCACCGGGCGUGCCCCCCAGCGCCAACGCCCACCACCUGUUCCGAGGCUUCAGCUUCGUGGCCUCCAGCCUGGGCCAGGAGCCCCCGCAGCAGGGCCCGCGCGAGUCCACGGUCCACCCCAUCGUGCAGCAGCUGCACGGGAACAACGUCCACUUCACUGAUGGCUACGAGGUCAAGGAGGACAUCGGGGUGGGCUCCUACUCCGUGUGCAAGCGGUGUGUGCACAAAGCCACCGACGCGGAGUACGCCGUGAAGAUCAUCGACAAGAGCAAGAGAGACCCCUCGGAAGAGAUCGAGAUCCUGCUGCGGUACGGCCAGCACCCCAACGUCAUCACCCUCAAAGACGUCUACGACGACGGGAAGUUCGUGUACCUGGUGACGGAGCUGAUGCGCGGCGGGGAGCUGCUGGACCGCAUCCUGCGGCAGAGGUGCUUCUCGGAGCGGGAGGCCAGCGACGUGCUGUGCACCAUCAGCAAGACCAUGGACUACCUGCACUCGCAGGGGGUAGUCCACCGAGACCUGAAGCCCAGCAACAUACUGUACGUGGACGAGUCUGGGAACCCCGAGUCCAUCCGGAUCUGCGACUUCGGCUUCGCCAAGCAGCUGCGCGCCGAGAACGGGCUGCUGAUGACGCCCUGCUACACGGCCAACUUCGUCGCCCCGGAGGUGCUGAAGCGGCAAGGCUAUGACGCGGCGUGCGACAUCUGGAGCCUGGGCGUCCUGCUGUACACCAUGCUGGCGGGAUUCACCCCCUUUGCAAACGGCCCGGACGACACCCCCGAGGAGAUCCUGGCGCGGAUCAGCAGCGGGAAGUACGCGCUCUCCGGGGGGAACUGGGACUUCGUCUCCGACGCGGCCAAGGACGUGGUCUCCAGGAUGCUGCACGUGGACCCCCAGCAGCGCCUGACGGCAGUGCAGGUCCUGAAACACCCCUGGAUCGUGAACCGCGAGCACCUGUCCCAGAGCCAGCUCAGCAGCAGGCAGGAUGUCCACCUGGUGAAGGGCGCGAUGGCCGCCACCUACUUUGCGCUCAACAGGACGCCCCAGGCCCCGCGGCUGGAGCCCGUGCUGUCGUCCGGCCUGGCCCAGCGCAGAGGCAUGAAGAGACUCACGUCCACGCGGUUGUAGCGCCAGGACCCGCACCGCCCUCAGCCCCGGCACCGGCACCGCAGGCGUCGCCACAGCAACCACGGGGCCUGCACUCGGCCCCACUUCCUCGUUCAGCCCAGGGGGUCCGGACAGCGACCUCCCGGUGCCGCCUCGCUCUGCCCGCCUUCCCACCUCCUUCCCCGCAGCCACCACGCCGGUGACACCGGGGUUCCUGCCGGCUCCGUGCACCGCCACAGCCCCCGCUCGUGCGGACAGACUUUUCCCAAAGAGAAAGCCAGUCACCUGGUCGGAAAUGCGACACGGGGUCCCAGUCGUGUGUAGGAGGCUUCGAGGCCCCCCCCCCCGGGGGCCGCAGCUGGAGAGCGUCAGAGCGGGCACAGGGCGCCAGAGCAGGGCCCGGCCCCCCGAAGACCACCCAAAGAGCCUUCAUCGCGCUGCCCCUGGCGCGGGCCUGCCCUCGAUGGCUCUGGGUCUGCUCGCCUUGCUCCGCCCACCGCCCACGGGAGCCUGUGCCCACCGGGACCCCGAGCUCAGUCCCCAGUGUCUCCCCAAGGGGACAGGAGGGGCCGGGGGUGGGGAGCUGGAAGCUCUGGCGACAGGGAGGUGGCACCAUUUGCGGAAGCUGGGCUGUGCUGUUGCGUGUUUCUGUCGCAUGGACCCGCCUGCACGGGCCUUCCGUGACCGUCUACGUGACCCUGGGUGUGCGCACAGGCGAGGUGUGCUACUGCCAGCCAGGUGUGUGCUGCUGCUGAACCAAACCGCCACCAGCUCAGCCGCUGCCUGCGUGGGUCUGCAGGAAUGAGCACGUGUGUCCUAGUCGGCCUGCGGGAGGACCGCCACUCGCCACCCAUCCGUCUGUCUGUCCCUGUGGGCUCGGGCAGGGCUGCGGGAGCGCCGGGGGUCACAGCCAGGCUCCUGCUACAAAGACAAUAUUCCCGUGUUUCUCGUGUCCCUCGGCCUCUGCUCGUUCUCACACACAGACACACGCAUGCUGCCUCCUGGAAAGGACUCCCUAGCUGGGUCGGAGGCUCUCAGACCUGGAACGGGAGCCGAACUAGUACACACGGCAUCUUUCAUCACAGCACCUCAGGACACGGAAGGUGGGGACAGACUCGGCCCCGGGUUCCUCCUGCACAGCCCUGGUAGGCGUUUGCCAGGGGUCCCCGAGGCUGCGACGACACCCACCCCACCCCAGGGGUCUUGCUCAGGCCCGACUGGCGUUGCGGAUCAGAGCAGGGACAGCUGCAGUGCCCACAGGCCCCAGGGUCUCCCCACCCAGAGGCCACCCGAGUCUUUGCAUCUCGUGUGCCGCUCGGCCCCCAGCUGCCUGCUGGGCCCUCGGCCCGGCCUGUCCGCACGAGGCUUGUCCCUGAGCUCGGACGGAGGGACCCAGGGCUGAGCGUCCCGAGGGGGCGGCGGGCGGCAGGUGUGUCCCCACUGUCAUCCCCGCUGUGACGGCCCAGCCCCCAACUGUCUCCGCUGUGCGGUGAGUGUGGCCUGAUGUCUGAGCUCUCGGCUCCAAAGGGGCUCACGAGCUCCUGCGGUGGACAGCCUGCACGGCCGGACCCGGGAGAUGGCACCCCCACCCCUGCCCAUGACCCUGAGGCCUGGUGGGCCUGUGCCCUCACCCCCACACAGCCCUGCCCUGCCCCGUGGAGUCUGUGAACCACUGUGCCCCCACCUCCGUGCACAGCGAGGCGAGAAAGGCAACCUAGAGAAGGGAGACGCUGGCGGGAAACCCGCCUUCCCAGAGGCACCCGGGGCGUCCAGCGGCCUCUCCGUCCGGCGGGAACGACAGGGCGCUGGGUGUCUCCACCGUGCCGGGGCCAGCUCCCCUAGCUCCGGGAACGGCACCAUCAGAUCGUGUACAGGUGACAGGAGGUCACCCAGCCCUGCCCACAGCCCUGGGGCGGGAAACCUUAGGAUUCGCUCAGAGCAAAGCCUGCGGCUCGCCAAGACACAGACCCUGCACGACACCUCUGGGGUGUCACCCUGCCCCGGCGACCCCCAGUUUGAGAGAAUCUGGCUCUCCCCACGGGUGUGAGGGUCUUCACAGGGGCCACCUCCAGCCACACUGGGCAAGGGCCGGUGUCCCUCCUGUCCUGCGGUGUGGCGGGGGACGGGCAUCCUGUGUAUCCAUGUUCGGAAGGCCGUUCGCCUUCUAAGCGGUGACGGUUCUCAGUGUCAGUUCUCAGCGCUGUUCUUUGAACCCUGUCCCCAAGGCCGUGGGCAAGACGGCCCUGUCCUUCCCGGGUCUCUGCGGCACCGGGUGACCGAUGGCACUGCCUCUGCUCCCUCCCCCAUGCUGGUGGCCCCCACCUCAGAGUGACAAAGACCCUAGCAAGGAGCGGCACCCGAACGGGGAGGAACAGACGGUGGUGACUGCGGGAGGCCUCCCGAGCUCAGGAGACCACGUGUGGGAAGGGGGGGGACUCGCGCACGGGGGCUGGCGGCAGCGGCGGCGGGCGGGGCGCGCGCUUUCUCCCGCACCCCGUCACCCCGGCCUCGCACUUUGUUUACACGCCGCUUCCGCUCGCCGGCCCCUCUGCUCGCGCUUCCGGUUCGUGUUCGCGACGGGCGGCCCCUGUACAGGUAUUUAUUACGCUUUCCAGACUUUCUGAAUAGGUUUUUUAAAUAAACACGGGUUUUAUGAAGUG